UUGUGAGUAGCGGUCACACUGGCGCAACGACGCUGUUGGAAAACUGCGAAAAUUAUUAUUUAUUUACCUACCGCGAAACCAAGUAAAUUCCGCUGCACAAAAGAGGCUCGAAGUGCUGGAAACGUAGUUAAGUUAUUGUUCAUUGUUGCUACAUUACUUGGCAUCCCGGAAAGACCCCGUCGGUGUGUCUUUGUCGAAUAAGUGUGCGUGCUUCUGUGUUGUGCCGUGUGUAAGUGUUGGUACGUCGUCGCCUGCGAAAAAUCGAAGUUAUUGCAUUGCGCAGCCCUUUCAAGCCGCUGUCCCUGGCCAGCUGUAAGUCCCGCAGCUCCUCGCCCAGUCCCCGCUCUACGGCGGUACUUGGAUCACAAUUCUGAUGAAUGCUGCUUGAGGCUGUUUGCGACUGAGACCAUUGAGGAGAACCCGAGUAGCGUACGAAACACGACACAAUGGCCGAGGACACAGAGUACAAGAAGUUGCCGGUGGAGGAGCGGUGUGUCCAUAAACUAUGGAAAGCCCGCGUCGAUGGUUACGAGGAGGCCGCAAAGAUCUUUCGCGAGCUGGAUGACGAGAAGUCGCCGGAAUGGUCUAAAUUUGCAGGGCUCAUAAAGAAGAUGGUAGUGGACUCUAAUGCUCUGGCCCAGGAAAAGGGUCUAGAAGCGGCCCUCAUUUUUGUGGAGAACAGCGGGCUGGCGGGACGCACAGUAGGCGACGUGAUGACAGGCAUCGUUCAGAAGUGCAUUGCGGCGCCAAAGACCAAAACCAAGGAGCUCUCCGUCCAAGUGGCUCUAAUGUAUGUGGAGAUAGAGAAGCAGGAGGCCGUCGUCGAAGAGCUGGUUAAAGGUAUGGAGGCCAAGAACCCUAAGAUUGUGUCUGCCUGCGUGGCAGCCACCACACUGGCCCUCCGCGAGUUCGGACACAAGGUGAUCGGCGUCAAGCCGUUAAUUAAAAAGCUUGCUCCGCUAAUGUCUGACCGAGACAAGACGGUCCGAGAUGAGGGCAAGCAGCUGGCUGUUGAGAUUUACCGUUGGAUCGGAGCUGCAAUGAAGGCACAGAUCUCAACGCUACCACAGGUAACGCUAAAGGAGCUGGAGGAUGAAUUCGACAAACUCAAAGGUGAACGCGUUGAACCCUCCAGAUAUCUAAAGUCCCAGCAGGAAAAGCAAGCGAAGAUCGCCGAUGCUGCAGCGACCGAGGAUGCAUAUAAUGAGGAUGAUGGCGAGGCUGGCGUUGAAGAAAUCGAUCCUAUGGAUCUUCUAGACCCCGUUGACAUUCUCUCCAAAAUGCCCAAGGACUUCUACGAUAAGCUGGAGGAAAAGAAAUGGACUCUGCGCAAAGAAUCGUUGGAAGUCCUGGAGAAACUGCUCACUGACCACCCCAAGCUAGAGAAUGGCGAGUAUGGAGCGCUGGUAAGCGCUCUUAAAAAGGUUAUAACCAAGGACUCCAACGUAGUCCUCGUUGCAAUGGCCGGAAAAUGUCUAGCCUUGCUAGCCAAAGGAUUGGCAAAGCGAUUCUCAAAUUACGCAUCCGCUUGUGUCCCAUCCCUGUUGGAAAAAUUUAAAGAGAAGAAACCUAAUGUUGUGACAGCGCUGCGUGAAGCUAUUGAUGCCAUAUACGCCUCCACUUCUCUAGAGGCCCAGCAAGAGUCCAUUGUAGAGUCCCUGUCCAACAAAAAUCCAAGUGUUAAGUCCGAAACGGCCUUGUUUAUUGCCCGUGCCCUAACCCGCACCCAACCAACCGCGCUAAACAAAAAGCUGCUUAAACUUCUGACCACCAGUCUAGUGAAAACGCUUAACGAACCAGAUCCAACCGUACGCGACAGCAGCGCCGAAGCUCUUGGUACUUUAAUAAAGCUAAUGGGAGACAAAGCGGUGACUCCUUUGCUCGCCGACGUCGAUCCACUCAAAAUGGCCAAGAUAAAGGAGUGCCAAGAAAAGGCGGAGAUUAAAAUAAAGGUUGCAGGUCCAAAGAAGGAGACACGACCUGCAUCUGCACCGACUGCGAAAGCUGCUGCUCCGGCUAAGACAGUGGCUGGUAGUGUGGACCCUAAGCCAGUAACCCGACCGGCCACUACAGGGGCACGUAAGGUCUUGAAAAAACCGGCGACGGUUAGUGGAGGAGGAGCUACAUCUGCCCCAACUGCAGCUCUUAAAGCGGGUGGAAAACCCCUAGCCACGGAACGCGAAAUAACCCCCGAGGAAUUGCAAGAAAAAUCCGAAGAAAUUCUGCCAGCCGAAAUUCUUAAUGGGCUGGUGGAUUCCAACUGGAAGAACCGCCUUGCUGCUGUGGAACAGCUUCUGGGCGAAAUAAGCGGUUUUGAUGCAAAACAGGCUGGCAUAUCACAGAUCCUGAUCCGAACAAUCAGUGGACGAAAGCCAGGCCUCAAAGAAAUGAAUUUCCAGGUACUCAAGUUUAAGCUAGACAUAAUCCGCAGUGUGGCUGAAAACUAUCCACUGACCACGACAACCGUUGAUCUGGUGAUUAACGAAAUAAUCGAGAAGCUAGCAGACGCCAAGAAUGGUGCAGCAGCUGCAGAUGUUUUGUCUGCCUUUGCCGAAGCCACUAAACUGGAGUAUGUUGUGGGCAAAGUAUUGAGCUUUGCUUUUGAACAAAAAUCGCCUAAAGUGCAAUCAGAGGCCUUUAACUGGGUUAACAGGUCAAUCAUAGAAUUCGGCUUCCAAUUGCAGCCAAAGACACUUAUUGAAGAUGUACGAAAAGGCGUGCAGAGCACGAAUCCAACGGUUCGUGCUUCCGCCAUUCAAAUGGUAGGCACCAUGUCUAUGUAUAUGGGCAAAGCUCUAAUGAUGUUCUUCGACAGCGAGAAGCCUGCACUAAAGUCCCAGAUCCAGGUAGAGUUUGACAAGAAUGUGGGCGAAAAACCACCCAAGCCUGUUAGAGGAGUUCAACGUAGCAGCGGUGGAACCGCUGGUAAUUCCCCAGACAAUGAGGACGAUGAUGGUGGGGCAGCCGGAGAAGAGGAGCCCAUUAAUAUGGCUGAUCUUCUACCACGCGUUGAUAUUGCUCCACAGAUUACGGAGGCAUUGCUGAAGGAGAUGUCCGACAAGGACUGGAAAACUCGCAACGAGGGUCUGACUAAGCUGCAGGCUAUUAUUUCAGAGGCGCGGCUAAUCAAACCCAGCAUUGGCGACUUGGCUCCUGCUCUGGCCCACCGUCUGGUAGAUUCCAAUGCUAAGAUUGCCCAAACGACACUUGCCAUUUGCGAGCAGCUUGCCACAGCCAUGGGGGCUGGUUGUCGAAAUCACGUGCGGAACUUGUUCCCUGGCUUUUUACACGCUCUGGGUGAUAACAAGAGUUUUGUAAGAGCCGCUGCCCUCAAUUGCAUCAAUAGUUUUGGCGAAAAGGGCGGCUAUAAGGAAUUUUUUGAGAGCGAAAUGAUAGCCGAUGCCCUGAAAGGAGGAUCCCCAGCUCUAAAGACAGAAUUGUGGGCUUGGCUGGCAGAUAAGCUGCCUGGUCUUCCCCCCAAGUCAGUAUCGAAGGAGGAUAUCCAUUCAAUGGUGCCGCACUUAUAUGCUCACAUCUGCGAUCGAAACGCCGAUGUCCGGAAAAAUGCCAACGAGGCGGUGUUGGGCAUUAUGAUUCACCUUGGAUUUGAUGCAAUGAACCGCGCUCUGGACAAACAGAAGCCCGCGUCCAAAAAGGAUAUACUUGCAGCACUCGAAAAAGCGCGUCCUAAUCUUCCGGUAAAACCGCUGCCCAAAGGCAAGCAUCAGGCUCCAAUACCUGAGGAGCCGAAGCUAAAAACAGUGCGCGGCGGUGGAGCAGGUGGUGCGCCUGGAAUCCAGAAGAGUGCUACAGCCCGGGUUGCCGGAGGACAAGACAAGCAGGUACCAGCGCGCAAAAAGGACGAAGAUAUCGACACAUCGCCGCUACUGUGCGCCAACAGUGCUAAAAACCAGCGGCUGCUAGACGAGCAAAAAAUGAAGGUACUAAAGUGGACUUUUGUAACCCCAAGAGAGGAAUUCACCGAACUGUUACGCGACCAAAUGAUGACCGCAAACGUAAAUAAAGCACUGAUAGCCAACAUGUUCCACGACGAUUUUCGCUACCACUUGAAAGUCAUCGAGCAGUUGAGCGAAGAUCUGGCUGGUAACAGUAAGGCGCUGGUGUGUAAUCUGGACCUAAUACUUAAAUGGCUGACGCUGCGAUUUUACGAUACGAACCCUUCUGUGUUGAUUAAGGGUCUCGAAUAUCUAGUACAGGUUUUCCAGGUACUCAUUGACGAGGAAUACAUUCUGGCCGAGAACGAGGGAAGCAGUUUUGUCCCACAUCUGCUUUUAAAGAUCGGAGAUCCAAAGGAUGCUGUUCGAAAUGGCGUACGCCGCGUUCUGCGGCAAGUAAUAUUGGUCUUCCCUUUCGUCAAGGUCUUUGGCUAUGUGAUGGAGGGUCUAAAAUCGAAGAAUGCCCGUCAGCGUACUGAGUGCCUUGACGAGUUAACCUUCCUAAUUGAAAGCUAUGGCAUGAACAUCUGUCCCCAAUCGGCGGUGCGCGAGAUUGCUCGCCAGAUUUCCGACCGGGAUAAUUCCGUACGCAACGCAGCACUCAACUGCAUCGUCCAGGUCUUCUUUUUGUCCGGGGAAAAGACUUACAAGAUGAUUGGCCAUCUUAACGAAAAGGACCUCUCAAUGCUAGAUGAGCGCAUCAAGCGAGCCAAAAAGACUAAGAAGCCCACGCCACCGCCAUCUGUUGAUGUGCCGGCACCUCAACGACAUGACAGCAUCGAAAUCGAAGAUGCUGAAGUGGGCAACGGUUGCGACGAGCUUCCACCACCAGAUGAGGACGGUUUGCAGCGAGAACUAAAUGCGCGUGGGCAGAACAACAUGACAGAUCGGAGCGCCACAAACGUGGUUGCCUACUUGAGCUCCCUGACUCGACAGGCAACUUUCGACCAGGCACCUUCGUCACAGCUGCUUCUACUCCAGCAACAGCUUCAACAGUUACAACAGCAGGCCCAGCAACAGAAGCCCAGCGGACCAUUCGGCUUGGACUCGCAGGUAAUCAGCGAGAUCGAAAAAGAUUGGGUCCGAGUGGACCAAAUGGAGCAGAAGCCGCUACUGAACGUAGAUAUCUCAUCGCUGGACGAGCCUAUUAAGGUGAGGCCCACGCGGGCCGGCAUUCACUACCCGCAGGAGAAGUUCGAUCGGCUGAUUUCUCGACAACACUAUAUGCAGCAGACUUUAACGACGUCCCCGUCAUCCACGGCUGGAAUGACCAGUGGAGUCUCCCCGUAUCGCAGUCCUAUGCGCUUGCAGCACCAGCAGCCUCAACAGCAGCUGGAGAACAAUAUACCAAAUUUGGCGGAUGUUUUGCCAAAGCACGAUCCGCAGCUGGUAAAAGUUAUAAAAGGUGUAAGCAGCACGGACACUCUAAAGGCGCGCGCGGCUAUUAACGAGCUUGCCGCCAUCAUCGAGGCUCCAGAGAAGCAGGCUGUGCUGCGCGACUAUGAAGAAAUAUUUAUUCAGAAUGUGCUUGCACAGUUUAAGAAUCUCUCACAAAUACCAUCGGCUCAAUCCGUAGUUGUUUACCAGCCGCUAUUAUCCAUUCUGUAUACAUUUUUCCAUGCCAACAUUCUGGGCAAAACGCUGAGCGUGGCCUGCAUCAAAAAUCUAAUGUCGGCGCUGUUGAACCUUAUGGCUGAUCCGAAGUUGGCCGUGGGUGAUGAUAGUCAGUAUAACAAGGUUAUUAAUGGCAUAUGUCUAAAAGUGUUGGACAAGGUAGAUUUUACGAAUUUAAACUGUGCUUUGAUACGCCUAUUACGGGAGACUUGUCCGGAGGCAAAGCUGCCGAAGUUUACAGACCUGCUGAUGAAGUGCAUAUGGCGCAACGUUAAGAUGCUACCCGAACGAAGCAACGAGCUGAACUAUGACGCCGUAAUUCUCGAGGUGCACGAGUUCAUGCUCGCGCUGCCUAGCACUUGGUGGCAAAACCGACCGUCGGACACUCCAAUGCGCACGAUUAAGACCAUUCUGCAUAACAUGGCAAAGGUGAAGGGGAAUGCUAUUCUGCAGCAUCUCAACCAGAUUCCAACACACUCGGAGCUACAUACUUAUUUGAUACGCAUUCUCAAGAAUUUCCAAAAGGAUGGCUCUGCUUCAGGAAUUGGUGCCUCCCCCCAGAGGGCCAAGGAGAUUGCCUCCAAGCGAAUUUCGCACCAAACACAUGAUACAGUAUCACAGAUCUUUAAGCUGAUCUCAGAUAGAGAUACCAAACAGCAAGGUCUGCAGAAACUUUACGACUUUAAGCAACAAAAUCCUGAUAUCGAUCUAAGUACCUUUCUGCAAGGCUCCAGUGCCCCAUUUCACAAGUACAUCGAGGAGGGUUUAGCCGAGAUUGAGAGGAAUCAGAACGCUGGAUCCACACAGGAUAAUCGGACGGCAGCUACUCGUUCUUAUCUCACAGAUGUCAACUACCAGAACAACGGUCCCGAUCCCGAUUUCUGGAUGGACCGCCUGCAGUAUCAUAUGACCGGAGGGGCCGCCAAGCUAGCAUCUGCACGUUCAGCAGACGAUGGAUCCCAUAUGCUGGACAAUAAGGUGGUUGACGAGAACCUCUGCCUGAACGGAAUGAACGCGCAAAAGGCGUCGCUCAUUAAGCGAGAAAAGCGGGACAUGUCACCAAAUCGCUUGCAGCAUCUCCAGGCAAAGCUGGCUCAAAUCAAGAAAGAGAAUCAUGCCCAAUAAACUGUGCGCUUCCCGUAGCUAAAAAAAACCUUAGCUAUAGACAAGCGGCAGCUUAAAAUUAUACGAAAAAAGAGACCCCUCAAAACACACUGAUCGAGCAAGUCCUCGUAAACUACAUAAAUCAUUUAUUAUUUAACAUAGUUGUAUGCUUACGGAUCGGCACAUAUAUAUUCACGGUAAUAAUGUGUGGUAACAGAAGCAGCAGUGAGUGUCGAAAGCAGGUUAACAACAGUAACAAUAAUUAACAGAUUACACUAUUACUAUGUCUCCUCCAACUAUGUAUUGUAAUUUUACUAAUAACAAACGAUCGGUCUAUGUAUUAGCACUGAGUUGUGUUUCGUAUGCGAUUCAAUAAGAUUCGAUUGGCUGAGUUGAGAUUAAAGUGGCGACUGUGACUGAGACCGGGUUCCAUUAGACAGCUUGUUAGUUUAUGCCUACGCUAUUUUGUUUGAAUUGUCAGUAAAAGCAGUAGCAUGUUAAAGGUUUGUGUAUACUUGAAAGGUCAUUGUUUUUGCAACACGCGCCUACUAGGAUCGAUUCUUGUUAUUAUUAUGUCUGGUUAUGUUUUCAACACUCUCAACACCCCUCAAAUUGUUUCAAGCCAAGCGUUGGGCUCAGUGCGCGCUAAAAACUCUAAUUUAUACUCAUAUUAGCUAACCGUAGUUCUUACCAAAUAGCACUUACCCCUUAACCAUUUUUUAGUUUAAGACCCAUUCAGUUUUACCCGCACAUACACACUUAUUUCGAUGCCGAGAGCACGCAUUACACGCAGGAUAACAUACACAGUAGAAACGCAGCGUAUUUUUGUAACAUCCUCAUGAACUAUAUGCGAAAAUAAAUGUUAUAUUUAUAAAUU